ACACCACCAUCAUCAAUAUCUCUGGAUUGCACACGAUCUUCCUCCAUUGUAAAAAAAAUUAGCCACGGAUUUCAUGAUAAAAUUUAAUUUAGUGAUUUAUUACCAUUUACCAGAGACCAAUGUAUAGCUCCAUAAAGUGAACUCUCGUUUUGCAUUAUCACUGUUUUUCUUUCUUUCUAUGUUGAUCUCCAAUGGCCUCUGCUUCGCUUCUUCUCACUCUCUCCACGCUUUCGCUGCUUCUUUCACCCUCUUUUUCCGCCAGCAGCAGGAAAGAACUAAGGGAGAAGGAGGGGUUGCUGUUGUUGAAGAAGGAAAAUGCAUCAUCACAUUAUAUGUUAGGGUUAGGCCACUCAGUUAAUCCAAACAGCAUUGAUCCAACACGUGUUGUCCAGAUCUCAUGGCAACCAAGAGUUUUUCUAUAUAGAGAGUUCUUGUCUGCCAAGGAGUGUGACUACCUUAUUUCUUUGGCGUAUGAUCUGAACGAAAAAUCCUUUGAUGCGGCCAAUGGGAGACUUGCAUCGGAAACUUCGUUGGAUAUCGAAGAUGAUAUUGUUGCAAAGAUUGAAGAAAGAAUUUCGCUUUGGACUUUCCUUCCUAAAGAGAACAGCAAGCCUUUGCAGGUCAAGCAUUAUGAGCUUGAACAGGAUGGCCAGAACUUAGAUUAUUUUACGAACAAGACCAAAUUGGAAUCAAAUGGACCUCUAAUGGCAACCGUUAUUUUAUAUCUCUCAAAUUCUACACAAGGGGGUCAAAUUCUCUUUCCCGAAUCAGAGCCGAAGAGUAGCGGCAUGUCGGAUUGUGGAGAAAGUAACAAGUUUCUCCAGCCAGUAAAAGGGAAUGCAGUUCUGUUCUUCUCCCUCCACCUAAGUGCAACUCAUGACAAGAGGAGUAUACAUUCUAGAUGCCCUAUCCUUAAGGGGGAUAUGUGGUCUGCAAUUAAAUACUUAUAUGCAAAACCAAUUGGUGAGAGUAAGGUCCCAACCGUAUCAGAUGGUGGUGAUUGUAUUGAUGAGGAUGACAAUUGCGCUGCUUGGGCGGCCAUGGGAGAAUGUCAACGAAAUCCUGUGUUCAUGAUUGGUUCCCAAGAUUAUUAUGGUACAUGUAGGAAAAGUUGUCAUUUAUGUUGAUUUUAGUAUUUUACACACACUGCUAAUACAAACUUAUUCCAUUAUGUUGGAACUAUGAAUUCCUUUGUAAAAAUGAUAGUGGUAGGUAUUCCACAUCUUAUGGUGCUCAAUAUUGUCUUAGAAUCGGUAAUAUAAUGUUUUGGAAAUCUUCAAUUUAAU